GUGGGUGGGAGCGCUAAUUGGCGCUGCUGCCGCUCCGCUCCGCGCUGGCGCUGGCGCUGCUACCCUGCUCUUGCCGGCUGCUUCGUCCGGGAGUUCGGCUUUCAGCCUGGCAUGGGCGAGGAAGAUAGGUUGCAGCUCUGCGACAAGAUACCAGCCGGGGGAAUGAUCCAAGUCUGUCACUAAACCUCAUUUUGAGCUGAGUUUGUGAACAUGAUUCCAAAUCCAGGUGAGCUACUCCUGGAAUGAAGGACAUGAUACAAGACACAAGAUCUGUCUGGGAGAAGAUCGAAUCACAAGCAAAGCUUUCUGUGCAACCACACUAAUCAGACAUGUACCUCGGAACCUGCAAUGAAUUAGCAAGGAUUCCAGUUUGAACAAAAUGACUGAGUUGUCUUAAAAUUGUAUAUAUAACUUCUCAAGCAUCCAAAGGUGACUCCUUAAUUUUUGUCACAUGUUAUAUGUGACGUAAUGUGAAAGGGAUGUUAAAAUGGCUUCUAAAGUCUCCUGCUUGUAUAUUUUAACAGUUGUUUGUUGGGCCAGUGCCCUGUGGUACUUGAGUGCUACUCGCCCCUCAUCCUCCUUCGUUGGGCACAGUUCAUUUUCACGCAUGAUAGUCGAGAAAAAGAGUUUCAACUUUACUAACAUUCGAACUCGGUCACUGAAUCCGCAUAACUACAAUUAUCUUAUUAACGAGCCAAACAAAUGUGAGCAAAUUAACCCUUUCUUAGUCAUUCUUGUAAGCACAACGCACAAAGAGUUUGAUGCACGGCAGGCGAUCAGGGAGACUUGGGGAGACGAGAACAACUUUAAAGGGCUCCAGCUGGUCACCCUGUUUCUGCUGGGGAGAAACACAGACCAUGUUUUGAAUGAAAUGGUUGAGCAGGAGAGCCAGAUUUUUCAUGACAUCAUCGUGGAGGACUUCCUGGAUUCCUAUCACAACUUAACACUGAAAACUGUAAUGGGCGUGAAGUGGGUAGCCAACUUCUGUUCAAAAGCCAAGUACGUAAUGAAGACUGACAGCGAUAUAUUUGUUAACAUGGACAAUUUGAUCUAUAAACUGCUCAAGCCGAACACAAAGCCCCGGAGGAGAUAUUUUACUGGAUAUGUCAUCAAUGGAGGGCCUAUACGGGAUGUUCGCAGCAAAUGGUACAUGUCCAGAGACUUGUACCCAGACAACAAUUACCCACCAUUCUGUUCAGGAACAGGGUACGUAUUUUCCACAGAUGUGGCUGAAGCUAUUUACAAGACGUCUCUUCACACUAGGAUGCUGCACCUCGAGGAUGUCUAUGUCGGGCUGUGUCUACGGAAACUUGGUAUACAUCCCUUUCAGAAUAGUGGUUUCAAUCACUGGAAGGUCUCAUACAGUCUGUGCAGGUAUCGUAGAGUAAUCACUGUACACCAGAUAUCUCCCGAAGAAAUGCAGAGGAUCUGGAAUGAGAUGUCAAGCAAAAAACACCUGCGUUGCUAAUUGUAAUAGAUCAGAGGUUUACAAGUGCUUCUAAUUAACACUCAGAUUUCUGUGUCAAUUCAUCCUGGAAAACGGUGAAAAAGUUCUUGCAACAGGAAAGUAGCUGAACUGUUCAUUAGGGCGUUCACCGACGCAGGUAUAAAAACUGAAUAGUUUGACCUAACAGAUAAUGACUGUUAAUAUUGUCAUAAUUCGGAAAUGAUUGACAUGUUCCAUCAAUUAUUGUACCGUCUAAUUUAAGUAGAAAGAAGUUUAGUUCCUAUUUCAAAGCAAGACAUAUGGGUGGCCAGGGAUUAACAGUGAUAUUGCUCAAUGUGGUAUCUUUUUAUGAUACUGUUACUGCUUAUAAUUAUUACUUGCUUGAGGAAUGUGCAGUUGCCAAGAUUUUCAACUUAAAUUUCACUCUUGGUAAUUAAGUAUUUCGUAAAAAUUGCAUCCUGGUGCAAAAAAAAUUUAAAGAUCAUAGAUCUAGGGUAGAGUUUGGAUUUGAAAAUCAAAACUCAUACAGUGUGAUGUGCUUGGCUUUCAUACUUGUUUAAUUUCAAAUGGAUAUUACUGCUUUUCUUUAAAAAAUGUGUCUAAUUACCUUGAAUGCAUUAUCAAUUGUGCAAAUAGCUGAAGGUAUGCUAAAAUAUUGCAUAUUAUCAUUUGGCGCAGUUAAAUAUAGAAGUUGCAUUUUAAUGCACUCAAUGUAAAUUGAAAUGACAUAUUUAGUUAUGGUGUGAAAAUAAGUUUUUAAACUGUGCAUUGAUCAACAGGUGAUUUUUAAUGGUGACAUUAUAUGUAUGCAUAUGUGAAAGCAUAUAAUCAUGUAUAAUAUUAAAACUAUGUUGUCAGUUUGUUUACAGAACAGACUUAAUAGCGAUCAUGUUAUUUGGACACUUAUCAAACUGAAAGUAGUUGGUAUUCAAAAUUAAGAUUGAUCAUAUCGAUCCUCAUUGAAAUACAACUUGCCAUAGAGAGAUGGAUUGAGUAUUUUGCAAUUUUGUUAUAGCUAGUGUUUCCUAUAUAACUGGAAAAGCAUAAAAGAACUGCAGAUGGUGGAAAUCCGACAUUAAAGACUGGAAAUCUUAGAAAUACCGAACGGGUCAGGCAGCAUCUGCAGAGAGACAAAUAGAUAAUGUUUCAGAUGAGUGAAUUUCAAGAAUUUGCUUUGGAUAGCACAGGGGUUCCCAACCUGAGGUCCAUGGACCUUUGCUUCAUGGUAUUGGUCCAUGGCAUUAAAAAAGGUUAGAAACCCCUGAGAUAGCAGUAUUCCUAUGUAAUGCUGUGUGUUGGAUGAAAAUAGAGCACAGACUUUGAUGUGUCAAUAACUAUUUCAGUAAAUUGUUCAGAAAGUCAGUUUUCUGUAUAUACAGUAAAAUGUGAUUCAAUUGUAAUUUUUACUUUUUGCAUUUGAGUGUAUAUUUUAGCCAUGUAAAGUAAACUAUAUUCAAUUACAGAAAGUGGAGUUGAAUAAUCACAAGUAAGCAAAAUCUGUUUGCUGUAAAACAGUGUGGUAUCUAUGGAACACCGUAAAUGUAUUAUUCACAAAUGUAAAAUAAAACUUGUUAGUUUUAAUUGUUUAAAAAAACAUAAUGAAAAUGUCAACUAAAUGCUAUAUUUUGUGUUUGUCUUUUCAAACUGAUGAUUUGGUGUGCUUUGUUCCUCAAAUUUAGAUUCAUCUAAAUACAGGUUUUGUGGCAAAUUACAAGCACAGUUAAUUAAUGCAAAUAAUUCUUUCCUGUUAAACUUUUAAAAAUACCCUAUUAAUAGAUUUAUUAAUAAUUAAAAUUGAUGUUUUCAGCGUAUAUUUUGGUAUUAUUAAUAGUUUCCCAGUCAGAAUAUUAACUUGUUCCUUUCAGUGAAAGGAUCCACCAUCAAAAUGUUUAUCACAUAAUUCCCUUUCUUUCCACUGAGAAUAUAUUUAUACAUUUUACCUGCAAGGAUUUUUUUUCUUGCCAAGGGAUCUUAAUGCUAACUGAUAAUAAAUUAUUUACAUUAUUUGCAAAAUAUCCUCUAUCAGUCAGCUUAGCUGAUUAUCCAUACAUUUAACUUUAUACUUUACCUAAUAAAAGAAAUUCUAAUUUCAAGGUAAAUUCUAUUAAGAGGUACUCUUUGUAUUAGCAACUGACUUAAUUACAGUAAUUAAAAUGUAAUUUGCCUUGAUUAUGCAGGGUCACAACCUAUCUAAUCAUAGUUGGAGGUAUAUGAUACAACAUGAAAAAUAUGCAGACAAUUAAAACCUACAUACAUUCAUUAAUAUAUUCUAAUACAAGUUAUGUAUAGAAGACAAAUCAGGCAAUAGGAGAAAAAAUGUGAAAAGUUAAUUAAGUUAUAGUAGUUUUAUGAGAGUGAUAUUUUAAUUAUUGUGGAAUGUUUAUUAGUUAUGGUACAUUUGGAUCACUUUCUAUUGCUGAAAUAUGUUAAAUAUGUGCCAAAAUAACUAUGCUAACCUAUAUAAAAUGAAAAUUAUUCAUAAAUUUCAAAUACCAACUUUUGUCAUUGAAAGUUGUCAUUUUAAUUGUGAUUUUUAAAGACUUUAGCUUUUAUAAUAAGUUGUCCGAUUGAUUUGCAAUCCAAAAAUAAAAAAAA